AUGACGCCCCGUGCUCUCGGAAGAGCUUCUAGCGGAAGCGUCUACCGUCUAGCCCCAGGACGAGGAGCGUCUGUCCGAUACAGCCAUGUCGACUCCCGGCAGAGAAUCAGCAAUAUUUGGAUACCUCCCGUGAAAGUGAAUCAACAAGUUGGUGUCAAUGAUGCCACGGUUCUUCUUACCAGAGCUGGAUAUGUCAGUCAGGCAUAUGCUGGCAUUUUCCACAUGCUUCCUCUUGGCCUACGUGUGCAAGAAAAGCUUGAAAACCUCAUCGACAAGCACAUGAAGCUAGCCAAGGCUUCAAAGGUCUCCUUAUCCUCUAUAUCUUCGCAAGAUCUGUGGAGGAAGUCGCACCGACUGGGCAAGUCGUCGGAGCUCUUCAUGUUCAAGGACCGCAAAGACUCAAAGAUGCUUCUAUCCCCGACCCACGAGGAGGAGAUCACGUCUCUAGUCGCUGGGUUUGUUCGUUCUCCGAAGCAGUUGCCCGUUCGGCUGUAUCAGAUUGGACGAAAAUACAGGGACGAAAAGCGCCCUCGCGGCGGACUCCUUCGCGGUCGAGAGUUCACCAUGAAGGAUUUAUAUACGUUCGAUGCCAAUCUCGCCGACGCCCACAAGACAUAUGAUGAAGUCAGAGCUGUUUAUAGGGGAUUUCUCAAUGAGCUGACCAUUCCUUACAUCGAAGCUCAAGCUGAUUCCGGUGAUAUGGGAGGCGAUUUGAGCCAUGAGUACCAUUUCCCCAAUGGUGCUGGAGAAGACACGGUCAUCACUUGUACAGCUUGUGAUAUCGCCAGGAAUGAAGAAUACGUUUCGCGGACGUCAUUCAUACCCAAGCGAAUAGAUUCACCACCUCCGAGCUCAAAUGUGCUACCUGCGACCACCCAGGUGUUCAUGAAGUCGUUCCUUGGCAAAACCGGAAGGGAUCUCGUUCGUGCUUUUGGACUUUGCAAGUCUGAAGAGUUGGCGGGAGACAAGAGGCUACCGGGGCUGAUCAAUUCCUAUGCUGUGAAGGCGGUCCUCGCGUCUGUUUUGGAAGUGGACACAGGCGUUGAAGACGCAUCGAAGAAGUUUACUGUUUCCCAUCAUACCGCCGUUAGAGAGGACAAGAGCCAGGGAAUUGACAAGCACCGCAUAUUCUAUGUGCUCGAUCGACGAGUGCCAACUGACGGCAUCGCUGAAGUAGUGGCUAAGGAUAUGCGGCAUUUUCCCGAAGGCGUUGAGUUUUUCAUCGUCGAGUCUGCCUCACCUGAAGCCGCCAAAAUCGAUCUGCUACGACCUCGAGAUGGCGACGAAUGCCCCGAAUGUCAGAAAGGAAAACUGGAGAUUCAUAAGGCCAUCGAAAUAGGACACACUUUCCAUCUUGGAACGCGCUACAGCUCACUCCUGGACUGCAAGGUCCACCAGAGCCACGAGAGCAGCGGAAUUCCAACCCCAGUGGAAAUGGGCUGUCACGGUAUUGGCGUGACGAGGCUGAUCGCUGCUGUGGCGUCGUGUCUGAAGGACGAGGUGGGCCUCAACUGGCCCAGAGUCAUUGCGCCUUUCGAGGCCGCCAUCUUGGCAUCUAUCGAGUUAGGACCAGCGGCAGAGAAGCUAUACGAUGCUUUAUCACACUCCCAGGCUGGCGGCGUAGACACAAUUCUUGACGACAGGGAUGUUUCUUUGCCGUACAAGAUGAAAGACGCGGACGUGGUCGGGUAUCCUGUGCUCAUCAUCCUAGGAAGAUCUUUCGCGAAGGGCGAAGUUGAGGUCCAGUGUCGACGACUUAAGAUCAAAAAACAGGUGCCCUUGAAUGAAGUGGCGAGUUUUGUUCAAAGCCUGCUCAGUAGGCUAUGA